AUGACUCCACCGUUCGACAAUGAAAAAGAGCGGGAGUAUGCGAAAUCGAGUACGGAGUCAUCAAGAGGCAAUACUUCUUCCCCGGUCAAUUUUGAGAGCAAAAUUCACGAUGCUCCAAACGACCAAGAAACUGUUCACCCACCAGACAAGGCAGAUACUGAAGGACCAGACCUGAACGACGAAUCACUGUAUCCUCAUGGUCUCAAGCUACUGAUCAUUGUGGUGGCUCUUGGUAUGAGCAUCUUUUUGGUUGCCCUUGACAUGACAAUUGUUGCAACAGCGAUCCCAAAAAUCACCGAUGAGUUUAACAGCCUGAACGACGUCAGUUGGUACGGUUCGGCUUUCUUGAUGACUACUGGAGGUUUCCAGUCGACAUGGGGAAAGAUAUACAAAUACUUCCCGCUGAAAAUAUCGUUCCUGCUUGGGGUAUUUAUAUUCGAGCUUGGAAGCUUGAUCUGUGGCGUGGCUCCAAAUUCCAAGGCACUGAUUAUUGGUCGUGCGAUUGCUGGAAUUGGUGCAGCUGGCAUUGGAAGUGGAGUCUUUAUUAUCAUCGCUUUCAUUGCCAGUCCAAAAAGGCGACCAUUCUUCACCGGUAUUAUCGGCGCGUCCUACGGUAUAGCUUCGGUCGUUGGCCCUUUAAUAGGUGGUGUUUUUGCCGAUGAAGUAACAUGGAGGUGGUGCUUUUACAUCAACUUGCCCAUCGGGGGCGUUGCGGCCGCUUCUAUUGUUUUCUUCUUCCAUGCCCCUGACAGUGCUGCGCCGGUCAAGGCAACUUUGAAGGAGAAGAUCCUCCAGAUAGAUCCUUUUGGGAUGGCCCUCCUAAUCUGUACGAUCACCGCUUACAUCUUACCACUGCAGUUUGGUGGGCAGACCAAGUCAUGGGACUCUAGUACUGUGAUCGGGCUCCUUGUCGGCUUCCCUUUCAUGAUACUUGCGUUCAUGGCAUGGGAAUGGUUCCAAGGGGAAAAGGCUGCCUUUCCCCCGCGCUUGAUGUCGAACCGCCUGAUCCUUGUGAAUUCAAUCUACGCGUUCCUUUUUGCAGGCUCCUACUUCAUUAUCGUCUAUUACCUGCCUUACUAUUUUCAGAGCAUUCAAAGCACCAAUCCUACUAUGUCAGGCGUACGGAAUCUCCCUCUCAUUGUCUCUAUGGCGUUGGCUAUCAUCGUGUCUGGUGGCAGCAUCACCAAGACUGGUCAUACUGCCCCUCUUAUGGUUAUCGGCGGGGUCCUCGUAACCAUCGGCUCAGGGCUCCUGUAUUCGCUGGACAUCGGUACAAGCACAGGAAAGUGGAUCGGAUACCAAAUUCUCGGUGGGGUGGGGUGGGGGUUGGCCUACCAGGUCCCCAUCAAUGCUGUCCAUGGUGCAGUGGAUCCCAGCGAUAUUGCAUCCGUCACAGGUGUUAUUAUCUGUGAGUGCCUUAUCUUUCCUUCCCCUUCUACCCGUUCAAACAUCCCAAUUAGAAAAAGUUCAAAACGAAAGCAACGAAGUAAAGAGAAAGCCUGCUCUAACAGACCUCAUUACCCAGUCUUCCAAACGGUCGGAGGUGCAGUUUUCGUUGCUGCCGCACAAUCGGCCUUUGUCAACCAGAUUAUUAUCAAACUUGCCCGAACCGCACCGAGUAUCAACUCAAGCUUGGUGGUCUCAACCGGUGCAAGCGACUUACGAACCGUUUUUAACCCCGAGCAGAUGGCUGCUAUUUUGCCUGCUUACAUGACAGGUCUCAAGGUAGCUUUCGCCCUGUCGAUCGCUUCGGCGGGAAUCGCCACCCUCCUCAGCCCCUUCAACAACUUUAAGAAAAUCGAUGCCCAUACGAAUACCCCUGUCGGCUCUGCUGCGUGA